AUGACAUUCCCCCAAGAAACUGCGAGCAUUCACCCCCGAGCUCGCCAUCCCUGCCACAGCCUUAAAAGCUCCACCACCGAGGGCGUGGUGCCUGGCCAAUGGAAGCGUGCUAUCACCGUCCCAAUUCCCAAACCAAAUCCACGAAAUUCUCUCAUAGACCUUAGGCCUAUAUCGCUAACCCCUAUUCCAUUCAAAAUACUCGAGAGAAUCAUUGCUAAGGAAUUAAAUCAUCACCAAUUCAGAAACAUCAGAGGAAGCUCCAAUGUCCACUACCUAACUGACCUUAUCAAUUACAUCAUAUCAAACGCAGACAAGCGACUGGAGGUGACCUCUGGCACCGUCGACCUGCCUAAAGCAUUUAGCCUCAUCGAUCCCACCGCCCUGAUGCUAGUCAAACAAAAUAAUGACACGGAUAAGAAUUAA